CCCCCCACAAACACACACUGCUACUCUGUCAAGCUGUCACUAACUGCACUCCCUGACGAAAUAUUGCAUGAGCGCUGAAUAGUUACAGGACACUGGUCAGAGCUGGCCGACUUACACUAAGUCCGGUUUGCGUUUAAGGGGCGGGGACUUGGCAAGGGCCAAUUGUAGAUGGAAAGCAUUAGUGUUGUGCCAAUUUGAUGAAUAAUGAUGGAGGUCGGUACACUUGCAGUUAAAAGGUUUGCAUCUGUAUAAUCGGCAUGUAAUGAACACGCAGUGGCCUGCAUGAAGUUGAAUGAGCCAUUGUAUUGUCUUGUAUUUUCCUUUCAUGUGUUUUGGUAGACGUUUGGCUCUGAUAUUGUUUGUCCAACUAGAUAAAGAAAAAAACAUACAUUAUCCCUGACAAUUAGACAAACCUCAUUGUUUUUCCUGCUUAAGCUGUAUAACAAAAAGCAGACUCCCUCCUGGAGGGAGUUUACAAAUCGACAAGAGUGGAUAUUCUCCCCCACUGCCUUCAUCCCCUUUUAUGUUUAUUUGUAUUUUGAGAAUGUGUGCCAGACUGAUGGUACCAUAGCAACUAGCAUCAGGUGGAAAGGUGGCCCAGCAUUUAUCUGCUGCUGAGUCAUGCAGCCACAGUGCUGUUAAAAAUGCUUCUAGACAUUGAAAUUAUAAUACAAUAAAAAUGAUUUUCAGUUUAGAACUGUAGUCUCUAAUAUUGGCAGUUACAUUUAACUCAUAGAAUAAUUGAUUUAAUUAACAUUAAAAUGUUAAAAUGGUAGAUGGGACCUGCACAAUUUAUAAGAAAAGAAGGAAAAAAAUGACACAUCACAUUUUUGAUCAGGGCUCAAUCUUAUCACUGGCAAAUAUGUGAUUAAUAUUUCAUGCUGCCCAAAGUUAAUAUGUAGGUUGUAGCUACAGCCUUUAAACAUUGUUUAUGAUUCAGAAUUAAGGCAAUCUUGCAUUUUUAGCUAGAACAGAAGCAUAUUGUAAGAAGAGAUGUCAGACCUCAAUGACACGCAAUGCGUCAAUCAGUGAUAAACACUAAAUGUAAACAUAAGCCCUACAGGACACCUUCAAGCAGAGAUGCAUGGCCAGAAAAAACAAGUUAAAGGCAAAGGUUAAAACACACAUUGACAAUAAUGCAAUCUUGUAAUUAAACUCAUUUUAAAAUAAACAAAUAACAUAUUUAAAGAAAUGAUAGAGCUCAACUUUUGAGUAAGUCACGUUGACUCCUCUCUACUCAGCCAAUCAAUUUUAGGAGGCUUUUAUUGCACUGUAUUGUGUGUGUGUGUGUGUGUGUAUGUGUGUGUUGUGUUGUAGUGUCCACUCCCUGAUAAUGAAUGGCAUAUACAAGGAGAAAUGCUAUUUUAGAUGCUCUUGUUUACCAUGAGUGUUAUUUUAAAUGUCAUAUCUCAAAGACUUAUGAAACACUUACUUACUAAAAAUAAAUGGCAACCACACUAGAAUCUGCUAUGCCUUUUUAUGAAUGCAAUUAAAGCGUAGAGUGAUUAGAUAAAAUAUAACCUCUGUAGUUUUCAAGAUUUACAUUUCUGCCACGGUCUGUCUUUUCCUGUUGCAUUUUAUGUUUCAUUUUCCAAAAACAUAAAAUCAGUGAGAAAAGCUGUCUUGCCUCUUGGAUGCCAGCGGCUCUCACAGACUGUUUUUUAAUUUUGGGUUAAUAUACAACAACAAAAAUAACUCGUUAUUGAAUGAAUCAUUUUCACUAGGCUCAAUUACAAUAUAUGCUGAGUGCCUUACGGUGGAAUACAGUUAGCCUUGCCAGAUGUUUUUGAUUGAAUAUUAUGUUCCUUGAUUCAUCUAUCCUGACAGUUAUAGAUGUAUACAUUUUAAAGAUUGACUCGUCACUCAAGUAACUGAACAACACUUUCCAUGACACUGACAUUUCAGCUGUGAGGUGGGCUUACUGUACUAUGAGUAACACCUAUAACAUACAGUUGUCAACAUGUUGCAGUGAGUAAUGCUCCGAGUGCUGAUAUUAAUAAUGGCCAGCUGGGGGGCGCAAGGAUGCACCGAUUCAGAGAGUUGCCCGCAGGUGCCGCCCAAUAAUGCCUCCAAGGACUUCUGUUACUCUGCUCGAAUUCGCAGUACAGUGCUCCAGGGCUUGCCUUUUGGUGGGGUUCCGACUGUCCUCGCCCUUGACUUCAUGUGCUUCUUGGGGCUGCUGGUUGUGUUCUCCUUCUUGAGAAAAGUAGCAUGGGACUACGGACGCCUCGCUCUGGUGACUGACGCUGACAGAAGAAUGGAUCAACGGUACAGUCGCCUUGAUGAUCGGGAAUAUGUGGCCUCUGCCUUAACAUCCGAUGCACCCGAACGCUACGAGCGUCUCACUUCCGUGUCCAGCUCUGUGGACAUUGAUCAGAGAGACACAGGUUUCUGCUCCUGGCUAACUGCCAUUUUCCGCAUCAAGGAUGAAGAGAUAAGGGAGAAGUGUGGUGAGGAUGCAGUACAUUACUUGUCCUUUCAGCGCCACAUUAUCGGCCUGCUGGUUGUGGUGGGCGUGCUGUCUGUGGGUAUCAUCUUGCCCGUUAAUUUCUCGGGAAACCUACUUGAAAACAAUGCCUAUAGUUUUGGCCGAACAACUAUAGCAAAUUUGAAUGCAGAUAAUGCAUUACUGUGGCUGCACACCACCUUUGCGUUUCUCUACCUGUUACUAACGGUGUACAGCAUGCGACGGCACACCUCCAAGAUGCACUACAAGGAGGAUGACUUGGUGAAACGCACUUUAUUUGUCAAUGGAAUCUCCAAAUACGCAGAGGAGACUGAGAUAAAGCAACACUUUGAGCAUGCGUAUGAAAACUGUGCUGUGCUAGAAGCACGUAUCUGUUACAAUGUGGCCAGGCUGAUGUAUCUCAACUCUGAAAGGAAGAAGACCGAGCGCAGCAAGAAAUUCUUCCUUGACUUGGUGGCAAAGGAGCAUAUAACAACCAUGAUCAAUCCAAAACCAUGCGGACACCUUUGCUGUUGCAUCAUCAAAGGCUGUGAGCAGGAAGAGGCAGUGGGCUACUAUACCAAGCUGGAAGCACAACUAAAAGAUGACUACAGGAAGGAGAGAGAAAAGGUGAACAGGAAGCCCUUAGGAAUGGCCUUCGUCACCUUCCAGAAUGAAUCCAUAACUGCCACAAUCUUAAAAGACUUUAAUGCGUGCAAGUGUCAGGGCUGUCAGUGUCGUCAGCAGCCCAAAAGCUCUCAAUUCAGCGCCAAGCUCCACACACACAACUGGACUGUCAACUACGCCCCUGAUCCGCAAAAUGUCUAUUGGGAGCAUCUGUCAGUGGGAGGGUUCUCCUGGUGGAUCCGCUGCUUAAUCAUCAACCUUGUCCUCUUCCUCCUCCUCUUCUUCCUCACCACCCCGGCCAUCAUCAUCUCCACAAUGGACAAGUUCAAUGUUACCAAACCGGUCGAGUACCUAAAUAAUCCAAUCGUCACCCAGUUCUUCCCCACCCUCCUCCUGUGGUCUUUCUCUGCCUUACUUCCUACCAUUGUCUACUAUUCUGCCUUCUUAGAAGCCCAUUGGACCCGGUCAGGAGAGAACAGGACCACAAUGCAUAAAUGCUACACUUUCUUGAUCUUUAUGGUCCUGUUGCUGCCUUCCCUAGGACUCAGCAGUUUGGAUGUUUUCUUCCGCUGGCUUUUUGACAAAAAAUUCUUGGCAGACGCUACAAUGAGAUUUGAGUGCGUGUACCUUCCUGACAAUGGAGCCUUCUUUGUGAACUAUGUCAUUGCGUCUGCAUUCAUUGGUAAUGCCAUGGAUCUGCUGAGGAUCCCCGGUCUACUUAUGUACAUGAUCCGCCUCUGCCUGGCUCGCUCUGUAGCAGAGAGGAGGAACGUCAAGAGGCACCAAGCCUAUGAGUUCCAGUUCGGGGCAGCUUAUGCCUGGAUGAUGUGUGUCUUCACUGUGGUAAUGACCUACAGCAUCACCUGCCCAAUCAUCGUUCCUUUUGGGCUGAUGUACAUGCUGCUAAAACACCUCGCAGACAGGUACAACAUGUACUACGCCUAUCUGCCGUCCAAACUGGACAAGAAGAUCCAUUCUGGAGCGGUCAACCAAGUGGUGGCUGCUCCGAUUCUCUGUCUCUUCUGGCUCCUGUUCUUCUCCACUGUUCGCUCGGGGUUUUCAGCGGCCACGUCCAUGUUCACGUUUAUAGUUUUGAUCAUCACAAUCAUUAUCUGCCUCUCUCACGUCUGCUUCGGACACUUUAAAUAUCUAAGUGCUCACAACUACAAGAUUGACACCCAGGCGGUGGACGGGUUGGAGAAUGGGCGGCCAGUGUGCCCUUCUACCGCCAACAAGGCAGCACAAAUGUACAUUGCUCAGGUCCUUCAAGACCCAAGUUCGGAGGAGGUGUGUUCAGGCAGUGGCGAAGACGACGGCCAGGGUUCCUCGCAGGACGAGGAAAUAAUCAAUGUCGAAAAUGGCCUGAAUGAGGACUUCCAGUCUGGCGAGGACAGCCUCAUUGAUAAUGAGGUUCGGCACUGACGCUGCCUGGAACAAAGAAAAUAAUCUCCUAAAUUUUACUUGAGGAGUGCACUGAAUAUGUGAAUUAAACUAGGAACUGAACCAACAGUUCUCCAAAGCAUCUCAACCUCCAUGGAGGGACUUGACACUAACGGAAGCACACUGUCUACUAAGGAUUGGAUGGAUUGUCGCUUAAGGACUCCUGCAUUUCUUCACUGGAUCUCACUAAAACUACAUCUUCUGUCUGAAUGAAUACCUGCAGAGGGAAUCUACUCUGACAAUGCAAGGCCAGCUACAUCCUUCUGCCCCGAUAUAGCUGAGGCAUACCCCCAAAAAAACUGCACAUGGACCCAUCAAAGAAAGACACUAAUGCACAAAUGAAGAAUAGUUUGCCUUGUUUUGUAGGGGAAGGGAUGUUCUGUCUGUAUUUUCGUUAAACAUUAUUGCACUUGAAAGAGAGGACCUGUCCCAUAAGCUCGAGUUUCACUAGGGUACUGUAGAACAGCAUGCCUUCAAGUUCAAAUGGCGGAGGGAUGUUUCUCUAAUCUUUUGCCAGUAUCUCUAAUUGUCUGCACUAAAUGCUUCCCCUGAAUAAGCAGCUGAUGUGAGAGGAGACCCAGAGAGGAGUUCCCCACACUUCCCGACAGCUUGGUGUGUGCAGAAGUGAUGGUCUCAAAAUGGUUCUUCUAAUUCCCUAAAGCCCAUUUUAAUCAUUGCUACUAACACUCCUGGAUGCUUUGACACUGUACAGUUACAACACUCUGGAUCUGUAAAAUAGCCUUUUUUGACAUUGGUAUUUAUUUGUAGGCAUUGAAUGUGAAAUGCUCUCAAGCUUGAUACACCCCUGAACUGUGGAAUGCGUAUCUUGGCACACUACAUUGAAUAUGAUCUCUUUGGCGUCUCUGAGCCUUUGGGGACUGCUGUUGGACUGUUGCUACUGAUGCUGCCCCCGGUAGAGGGAAGCCCUUGCACGGCAGCUGCAGGAGGACUGGAGGCCAGGAGCCUGCCGAUCCUUUUGUGUUGCUCAGAGGAUGGAGAGAAAAGCCUUUUGAGGGUUAUCUUUUCUGGGUCAGCUCCAGGUGAAAUUGUGACUGGUUCUCUUUAUCUGUUGUUUUUCCGUUUGUAUCUUUUUGACCAGAUGUUUACGUCAUUAUGUAGGGAUUUUGAAAGUAGCAUUCAGUGCAGGUGGCUACUGAUAGUUUGAAGUCCUCUGCCAGGUCCUCUCUCUAUUUUCAUCAUGUAGCUAGCAACCUGCUCCAGUGGUCCUCGAGCAUUGGCAAUUACUCAAUGCAGAGUUGUAGAUUGUUAUCUCAAAUUGUGCAAUUUUGGUGAUGGCAUAUCAGAUCGGAGAGGCCACUUGAGCGAGUUACUCCAGUGGAGGUCCACAUCUAUUUAAAACCUUAAGUUUAUGCUAUUGAAUAUAGGAUUAGGCCCCUGCCAUUGAAAUCAAAAUGGAAUACCUAUUAGUUAUGUUUGUUCUUGUCUUGUAAUGAAGUGACUAAGUUUUCCCCCCACAAGUGUACAUUCCAUUGGCAGAUCUAGUUGUAAGGCCUGUGUCAGAGCAAUAGUAUUGUACUACAACUCCACACUUGAUCUCCCUCAGCCAUAUGAAGCAGCUCCUCUUUCAGGUAUCGGGAGUACUCGGAAAGAAAUGCAUACUUAAACAAUACAAACAGCAAGUUAAAUAAUGAUCAUGUGAAAGUGCCCACACAGCUAUGACCUUACUCAGGAUUUAUCAAGCUUUCUGUUACUAUCAUUUAACUUCUCCCUUACUCGAGACAACACUAUAUGAGCUGCCCCAUUAAACAUAAUGUUGACUGUUGGUAAACGGGGACAAGUGAUGCAGACCGAUUACCACUACAGUCUGUCACUGGGGACCAGUUAUUGUUAUUGGGCCAUAAUAAUGAACAUGUAUUAUCCAGCUGCUCUGUGAACUAUUGUGUGAAAUGUGCACUAAUCUUACUUUCACUUGUGUGAUUGACGGAGAAGGGCACACCCCCCUGUGGGUGCAAUGAUGACAAUGGUGAACCUAAACUGUUUCCAUAAUUUGUCCAUGGGUAUAUUGGCACCACAUAUGGGUAUAAUAUUAUGGUACUAACAAGAUAAUAGUUUGACACCGUUGAGUCUGGUUCUGUUCUGGUCAUGAUGGGGUGAUUUAUAUAUUAUUUUAAAUACCUCUGUGAUGUCUUUAAAUCUCUGAAUGCGUCCUGUCAAAAUAACAUCCCAGGGCCAUCUCUGAGGGAGAUGCAUGCAAUAUCUCAUGUUGUCUAACAACGCCAGUGUUUAAACACAGAAUGUAGGUUAAUGCCACAACUUUUGAUGAAUUGAAAGUGGUUAUAGCAAUGGUGUGACUGCUGUAUUCACACAGCUUCAAAAGGACAGUCCACUAACUAACCAGAAAUGAUACGUUUUGUACUUAUAAUUUAUAUGCACAUCUUACUGGUGUCCAGUGCCAUGUCAUGGCAUUUCAUUUGAGAACAUGAUCUACAUUUGUCAGUCUGAUGGUUGCAAUGAUUUCCAGUAGUCCUUUUCUAAUGGCUCAUGAUGAAUUAUUUUAUUUAAUUUUUUCUUCAUAAGAUCUAUAUAGAUAGACUCAUUGAAAAAUAAAUGGAUUGUUUUUGUAAGCAGCCAAGCACUUUCUAAUAGAAGUUCUCAGCUUGUUUCUACAAUGUGCUCAGAAUGCGUCGUAAAAAUAUAUCCAUGUCUCAAA